CCCUUUUUUACACACUGUCUCUCCCACUCUCCUCACUGGUACUCUUUCCAAACUCCUGAAACUAUUCCACUUCGCCUGAGACCCAUCUCACCACCAUACCAUACUAUGGGUUGCACCGCCUCAAAGCUAGGCAACGAAGACUCCGUCCGCCGUUGCAAAGACCGCCGUCGUUUCAUCAAAGAGGCCGUCUACGCCCGCCACCACCUUGCCGCCGCUCACUCCGACUACUGCCGCUCCCUUAAACUCACCGGAUCCGCCCUUUCCACCUUCGCUUCCGGCGAACCCCUCCCCGUAGCCGACCAAACUCCCGCCGUCCUCCUCCCCACCUCUUCCUCCUCUACCCCCACACCCCCUCCAUUCAAUCCCCUCCAAACCCCACCUCCACCACCGGAAUCAGUUUCCCGAUCUCCAUCACUUGCAAGCUCAAAACAAUCAAAACACCCACCACCGGUGACUUCCUCUGUUACCCACCGUCAACGCCGCCCUAAACCCACCAUCAAACUCCCUCACAUUCUCUCUGAAUCAAGCGAAGCUUCUUAUUCUCCUCGUGAAAACUUAAACCCCCAAAACAAUUACACAUACAAUGCUCAAGCUAAUUACGCAUCCACACCUUCACAAGCUUCCUCUGUUUGGAACUGGGAAAACUUCUACCCCCCAUCUCCCCCUGAUUCCGAAUACUUCAAUCACCGGCAACCAAAUUUCGACACCGAAGACGAUAAAUCCUCAAUCUAUUCGGGCAAAACCUCAAUCUACUCAACCCAGAACGAGAAAAAGAAGAAUCAUUGGGAUAAUAAUGAAGAUAAGCGUUCGGUUUAUUCAACCUAUUCUCAGAAGAAAAACAACAACAGUCAUCAUCUAGAAAGAGAGGAUGAUGAGGAAACAGAGGAGAGAGAAGAAGUGCAAUGUAGCGAAUGGGGAGAUCGUUACAGCACUACGAGCUCAACUUCCGAUGAUGAUGAAGAAAUUGAUAGGGAUUCUAGAUCCGAGAUGGAGAGUCGGUCUAAUUUCGGAUCCUCUGUUCAUAACGAGUCGGUGAAUAGGCCUUAUUCUGCAGCCACUAAAUCGAAGAUGAGUAAAUCGGAAAAGGGUGAUGAUGGUGCAAGCUGGAACACCAGUCAGUAUGAGGAUAAUUCGGAUAUGAGAAUGGUGAUUAGACAUCGAGAUCUAGCGGAAAUUGUUGGUUCGAUUAAAGAGUAUUUUGAUAAAGCUGCUGAUGCCGGUGAACAAGUGUCUGAGAUGCUUGAAACCGGUAGAGCUCAACUUGACCGGAGUUUUCGCCAAUUAAAAAAGAAGGUGUAUCAUUCAGGUGGGGUGUUGAGUAACUUGAGUUCAAGCUGGACAUCGAAGCCGCCAUUGGCGAUUAAGUACCGGUUCGAGCCCGAUUCAAUUGGUGAACCUGGCGGCUCGAAGAGUCUGUGUUCAACUCUGGAGCGACUCUUAGCUUGGGAGAUGAAGCUCUACCAAGAAGUAAAGGCACGGGAAGGAGUUAAAAUCGAGCAUGAGAAGAAGUUGUCGGCGCUACAAAGCCAGGAAUACAAAGGGGAAGAUGAAAGUAAAUUGAACAAAACAAAAGCUUCGAUAAAGCGACUUCAGUCGCUAAUAGUCGUUACGUCUCAGGCUGUCUCAACUACCUCUACCGCCAUUGUUGGUCUACGAGACGCUGAGCUUGUCCCACAGCUUAUCGAACUUUGUCAUGGGUUAAUGUACAUGUGGAGAUCUAUGAACCAAUGUCAUGAAGUCCAAAACCAUGUAGUUCAACAAGUUAGGGGUCUAGUCAACCGGUCAACGAAAGGCGAGUCAACCUCUGACCUACACCGCCAAGCGACUCGUGAUCUUGAAGCAGCAGUGUCCACCUGGCACACGAGUUUCUGCCGCCUCGUAAAAUUCCAAAGAGAUCUCAUCAGAUCUCUCCAAGGAUGGUUCAAACUCACACUUCUUCCCAUCAACACUGAAGAAGCAAACAUCAACGGCUCACAGCCCUCGGAUGUUUACAUCGUAUUUGACGAGUGGAAACUAGCCCUUGAUCGCUUACCUGACACAGUGGCGUCUGAAGCCAUUAAAAGCUUCAUAAACGUCGUCCAUUCCAUUUCUUUAAAACAAGCGGAAGAAAUGAAGGUGAAAAAACGCACUGAAUCCGCAUCAAAAGAACUUGAGAAAAAAGCAUCAUCUUUAAGAAACAUAGAGAAGAAAUACUACCAUUCUUAUUCCAUGGUCGGGCUCGGGCUUCCCGGCAGCGGGCAGGAUGAUGGGCACGGGCUGGAUGCCCGGGACCCACUUUCAGAAAAGAAGACCGAGCUCGUGGCAUGUCAAAGACGGGUCGAGGAUGAAAUGGUCAGGCACUCGAAGGCGGUUGAGGUAACAAGAUCAAUGACUUUAAACAAUAUUCAAACUGGUUUGCCUGGAGUUUUUCAAGCUAUGACAAGCUUUUCAAGCUUGAUAAUGGAGGCACUUGAGGGUGUUUGCAACAAAUCUUAUGCAGUUAAAUAGUGAGUUUUGAAGUCUGGUUUACUGUUUUAAAGGAAAAGAAAUAGAUUAUAUUAUAAUUCAUAGAAUUAUAUAUGUUAUGGUGUUCUUAAUGGCUAAAAGUUUAAGUUUUUGAAGAGGGUUUUUGAGAUGUUAUUAAAUGUAUAUAUAACUCUAGGGAAUUUUUGGCAAGUUUUAUAUAUUUUGUAUGAUAUUUGUCUUGCUCUUAUAUUUAU